AUGGCGACGUCGGGCCGACGCUACGCCAAAGAAAAUACUGUAAAGGUAAAUGCUGUUGAUUUGAAAAAGGUUUUCAUGAUUAAUUUUAUUGAAGCUGCAGAAAGAUGUAUUGGCGAAGGCUCUGUAUUUGCAUGCGUGCCUAGACCCCCAAAUAGUAUAGAAAUAACUUUGAAUUCUGUUGAAAAUGCAAUGAGACUAUGCGAAGAAGGAUUGACUAUUGAUAAUGAUAACUAUUCAGUUGAGUUGUGUUUCUCUAAAAACACAGUUGUUUCGAUAUUUAACCUACCUAGCCAUAUCGAUGACAAUGUAAUAACCGACAAAUUAGAACAAUACAAAAUUGAAAUAGUAGAUAAAGUUGUGAGGCAUUAUUACAAGCAAAGGCCAGAUGUUGCUGACGGUACUAGGCACGUUAAGUGUACAUUCCCUCCUAAUUUUCAUUCGCUACCUUGGGCCAUGCAGUUCGAUACACCCGAUGGCCCACAGACAUUUAAGGUGGUACACAACAACCAAUCUAAAGUAUGUUUCAAAUGUCUUUCACCUGAUCACGAAAAAAAGGAAUGCCCAAAAAUACAGUGUCGUAAGUGUAAAGUGUAUGGACAUAUGGCUUUCAAAUGUGAAACGAGCAAGUGCGAUAAGUGUGGCAAAUAUGUAACAUUAUGCGGAUGU